AUUAACCAUAAUUUAAAGGCAACUCAAACCCUAAUAUCAUUUUUCACCUCACGUCUAAAAACAAACCCGGAUGUCAGUAGCCCUAAACCCAGGUUUGCCUGGAAGGAUUUCGCAAUUUUUUCUGCAAACUCUAUCAUUUUUCCCUUAUCGACAUCAUUGACAGCGCGACCGAAUAGGUGCGGAAUUUUGAGGUAAGCUUCCGCAAUCAUGUAUACUGCUAGGAGGAAAAUUCAAAAGGAAAAGGGUGCAGAGCCUGAUGACUUUGAGGAGUCUGUGGCACAGGCCCUAUUUGAUUUGGAGAACACCAAUCAGGAGCUGAAGAGUGAGCUUAAAGAUUUGUAUAUUAACUCUGCCAAGCAAGUUGACAUAUCUGGCAACCGUAAGGCCAUUGUUAUUCAUGUGCCAUACCGCUUGAGGAAGGCUUUUCGAAAGAUUCAUGUGAGGCUUGUGCGGGAGUUGGAAAAGAAGUUCAGUGGAAAGGAUGUUGUGAUGAUUGCCACAAGGAGAAUAUUGAGGCCACCGAAGAAAGGCUCAGCUGCAGUUCGACCCCGUAGUCGAACAUUGACUUCUGUCCAUGAGGCCACCUUGGAAGAUGUUGUCUAUCCUGCAGAGAUUGUUGGGAAGCGAGUUAGAUACCGUGUUGAUGGCUCCAAGAUAAUGAAGGUCUAUCUGGAUCCUAAGGAGCGUAAUAACACAGAAUACAAGUUGGAAACCUUUACUGGGGUUUACAGAAAAUUUUGUGGAAAGGAUGUUGUUUUUGAGUACCCUUUGUCAGAGGCUAGUUAAACUUAGUUUUUUGAUUAGGGUAUGUAUCAAAAUAUUGUUUUGUUGGGUAUUAGGAAUUUUUCUGAGCAAGCAUUUGAGGUUGUGGAGUAUCAAUCAUUCUUGUUUAGUUCUUUUUUUGCCCUAUUUUCUUCAGAUGAGUUAAAUUUUGUUUCACUGAAGAGAGCCUUGCUAUACGUUUAAAUGAAUUCAAGAAGCAUUUGUUACUUAUUCAUAUUUUAGUCUUUGCCUUGUAUGGCGAAUGACUACUAGAAGUUAAAUCUUGGGAAUCUGGUUGAGAAGUCCACUGAUACUGAAAACUCCUUGAGGCCUAUAUUGAACACACUACUAUUUAAGGCAUUUGUUGACGAUGCUACAAUUUUUCAAUGAUUUAUCUUUCUGCUGUGUUUGAUUUA